CACUCUGAAUAUGACGAAUGGCCGGUGGAAAGGUGUGGAUGGGAUUCAAACAGACAGUCCGGAGCCCAGCACCCAGAAGCUGAGCUGUGGCUAUAUGUUGUGCUUGGUGCUGCUCUUCCUGGUGGUGUUACUCGCGGUGGCUGUGACCGGAGCUCUCCUCUUCCUCAACCAGUACCAUCACGCUGUGGAUCGCCCUCCUCUCAUCAGCACCAACCAGGACAAGAUGCAGGCCCUGGUCACCAUCGACCAGGCCGACAGCUCCAGGAUCAACAUCUUCAUCGACCCUAACUGCCCAGAUUACAAGGGGGACCCAGCCCAGCUGGAAGCUCUACGCUCGUCCCUUCUCACUGCCUUGCUCAGCUGCCAGGAUGAGCUGAAAGCUUCGGAAGGGCAGGACAGGGCCCUCCUGGUCACGGUGGCAGACCAAGUGUCCCGACUCAUGACCCGCACGGCGCAACUCAGGCAGGAUUGCGAGACCCUGAGGCGAGGCCAGGGCAGUUUGAGCAAAGAGCUCAGUUUGCUUCAAUCUGAGCAAGGCAGGUUAAUCGAGCUGCUUUCAGAAACUCAAGCAAACUUGGCUAAGGUGGUGGGUUCAGUGGGGGACACUCUAGAUUCUCUCCAACAAGGACAUCAGGGAGGAGCCAUCAGGUCCCAGGGGAAGGCUGACCUGAUGAGAGAUCCUAGCAGAGAGCACCCCCGAGCCUGCCCAAAUGGUGAGUUCCAUACCCGUGCUGUCACUCAUCCCAUCACCUCCUCCAUCCCUUCAUCAGUCAUUAUUUCCAGCUUCAACUGA